UUGUAAACGAUUAUAUAUUUUAUUUAUAUUAGUUAUAAAGUAUUACAACGCACUGUAGUUGUAUUACCAAUUUUUGCAUUUUUGAUAUAUUUUUAAUCGAACAUAAAUGACUUCAUAAAACGAAGGGUCUUUAUAAACAAUAAAGUACAAUGUCUCUUGAUCAAACUGUUUGCGAAGAUUUAAAAGCGUUUGAAAGACGAUUGACCGAAGUUAUUUCAAGUUCGCAGCCAGCAACAUUACGCUGGAGAAUUAUAUUAGGAUCUAUUUCAAUCUGCACAGCAAUUGGCGCAUGGUACUGGCUGACGGAUCCCAAUACUUCGGCAGUCCCAUUCACACAGAGUUUGUGGAAUCAUCCGUUUUUCACAGUAGCUAGUUUUUUAUUAGUAAUAUUAUUCAUGAUGGGUAUUCAUCGAAGGGUCAUUGCACCAAGUAUUAUAACUCAAAGAGCUCGAAAUGUUUUAGGAGAUUUCAAUAUGAGUUGUGACGAUACAGGGAAACUGAUUUUGAAGCCAACAAGGCCACCACAUCUUCAUGAAACUUGAAAAUAACGACAGAGUUUGUUUAUAGACAAUAAUGUACAGAAAGAAUCUACAAAUUCAGUGUUGGAAGUGUUAAAGUGUACGAUAUAUUUAUAGAUUUUUUUUUAUUACUUUUAGUGUAUGUAAUUAUCGAGAGUUGUUUUAAAAAA